UGCCACCUCUAGACAGUGAACGAUAAAUAAAAAAAAAACAAAGAAAUUGUAUUUAAUUAGAUGCAAAAUUUGUUGAGGUUUAAGUGUACUGCAAUUCGAAAUUAAGUUGACAUUUCACUGUAAUGGAUGCUACAUCAAACCAGCCCGAUAAGAUGGCAUCAAAAACAGCGAGCAGUAAUUCGCUGGACAGCAGCUCCAAGUCAAGUUCACUGGGCUCCAAACAUGGUGCCGAGAAUGGCGUUUUAAGGGACACGCCCUUUGCUUAUCUGGAGGGCGAGGAGGAUCAGGAUCAAAAAAACGACGUGACCUAUGUCUGUCCGUAUCGCGGACCCGUCUUCGGCGCCCUGACCAUAACCAAUUAUCGCCUCUAUUUUCGCUCGCUGCCGCUGCGAGAUCAGGAGCCGCCGCUCGUCGUCGAUGUGCCGCUGGGUGUAAUAGCGCGCGUGGAGAAGAUUGGCGGUGCCACGUCACGGGGCGAGAACAGCUACGGCAUCGAGAUAUUCUGCAAGGACAUGCGCAACCUGCGUUUCGCUCACAAGCAACAGAAUCACUCGCGCCGAACCGUCUUUGAGAAGCUGCAGGCGAACGCCUUUCCGCUUUCUUACAGUGGAAAACUAUUCGCGUUCGCUCAUGCGGCUGCCGCGCAGCCAACAACGUCCAAUGCUAAUGCGGCCGCUGUUAGUGCAGGUUGCGAUGGUUGGGCUGUCUAUGAACCGUUAGCGGAGUUGCGACGCCUGGGUGUGCCAAAUGACAUGUGGCGUGCCACCAAACUUAACGAGUCCUACGGCAUUUGCGACAGCUAUCCGGCAGUCUGGGCCGUGCCCAAGGCCGCAUCCGAUGAUUUCUUGCGGCGCGUUGCCCAAUUCCGUUCACGUUGCCGUUUGCCCGUCUUGUCAUGGAUUAAUCCGCGAACACAGGCAACGAUCACGCGAUGCUCGCAGCCGCUGGUUGGAGUGAGUGGCAAGCGGAAUGCGGAUGACGAGACGUAUCUGAGCUACAUUAUGGAAGCAAAUGCACAAUCCGAUAAGCUAACAAUCAUGGAUGCCAGACCAAGUGCGAAUGCCAUUGCCAAUAAGGCCAAGGGCGGCGGCUACGAAUCGGAGGAUGCAUACAAGAAUGUGGAGAUUAAUUUCCUGGACAUUCACAAUAUACAUGUGAUGCGCGAGAGCCUGCGCAAGGUGAAGGAAGCUUGCUAUCCAACCACUGAUGACUCCAAGUGGCAGACGGCGAUUGACAGCACAUUGUGGCUGAAGCACAUUCGUUGCGUUCUCGCUGGCGCUGUGCGCAUUGUGGACAAGGUGGAGACGAUGAGUACUUCCGUUGUGGUGCAUUGCUCCGAUGGUUGGGAUCGAACCGCACAAUUGACGGCGCUAUCAAUGCUGCUUCUCGAUCCAUAUUAUCGCACUGUCCGCGGCUUUGAGGUGCUCAUCGAGAAAGAGUGGCUGUCGUUUGGCCACAAGUUCCAGCAGAGAAUCGGACAUGGUGACAACAAGCACUCGGAUGCGGAUCGUUCACCAGUCUUUCUACAGUUCAUCGACAGCGUGUGGCAAGUUAGCCAUCAGUUUAGCAAUGCAUUCGAAUUCAAUGAGCACUUCCUCAUUACUAUUGUGGAUCACUUGUACUCGUGUCGCUUCGGCACCUUCCUCUGCAACACGGAGGCGGAGCGUGUGGCGGAAGAUCUGAAACACAAGACCACCUCACUGUGGACGCACAUUAAUUCCUCGCUGGACCAGUAUUUGAAUCCAUUGUUUCCAUCAUUCACACAUGGCGCGGAACCCGUUUUGCGUCCAAUUGCCAGCGUACGUGCCGUGCGUCUCUGGAAGGGACUCUACUGCCGCUGGAAUCCUGGCUUGUGCGCACCACAGCAUGGUUGCCAGCGCACCCGAGAACUGCUGUCCAAGCAGGAUCAGCUCUUCAAGCAUGUCAAUGAGCUGCGCUUGAAGCUGACAAACCGCAGCAACAAUAUGCAGACGACAACUCGACUGGCAUCUCCCAUGCAUUAACUAGUAUUUUCCAGCUUAACUCUAUUUGACAAAUUAACUACAUAUGUAUUUAACAAUUAUAUUAAUCCCAAAAAUUAUGUUAAUAAGCAAAAUAACUGAUAAAUUUGUAAGCGCUACACACUUGUGUGCAUGUCGUUUGCAUUCAUUAAAUGUAAUUCUCUGCAAGCAGGGCAUUGUCGAUAAGGAAAUUGCAAUCGUAAAAUAAAAGCAAAGUUGGCUGACAAUUAAGUCUUAUGAAAAAGAACUGCAGAUAAAACAUAAUGUGCUUUCAAUAAAUUUACAUGCAAGCAAUAAAAAACCAUAAUUUGACUU